CUUUGUGGCUGUACAGAUCCACACUGAAAAAAAUAAAAAAAUCAAACAAACAGCAUUAAACAGAAACUGAACCAUUUAGUCAGUGGACUACCAGGUGCUGAUCAAAAGCAGCAUUUAGAGCUGUUAGUGUUAAAAUAAUCUUGUUUCUUGUAGCUGUAAAACCAAAACUUCCUGUUUCCUAAAUGCAACUGUGUGCGUUUCACCAGACGCUUAUUUUGGCUCUACGCAUUGUAUAGCUUGCACUGGGACAUUAGAUAGACAUUGCUACCAUGGUAAUAAAAUUAGACAUCUGGCUCAUUAUGAUGAUGAAGAUCGCACUAAUGAUUUGUGAAAUGGACACGACAAGUCUAAAGACUCAACCCUGUGAUAUACAUAACAACGUAACUGCAAUGACAGUUGUGGUUUACUGCCAUGGACGUGGGCUUAAAGUGGUGCCAAAGCUCUUACCGAAUACAACCUACCUUGAUCUGUCUGAGAAUAAGAUCAAGAACAUAACAGCACAAAACUUCCAAGACCUGGCGAAUCUGACCAAUCUAAAUCUGAAUUGGUUGAAUAAUAAUCAAAAGGUUCUUGUUGGAGCUGGGGUAUUUUCGAAUAUGACCAAGCUACGUACGCUGGAGCUCAACGGGAUCGGGCUAAAUCAUGUCCCGAAUGAUAUACCAAAGAAUCUGCAAGAGCUAAGGCUGGUUGAGAACAAGAUCACUUGGUUAAACUCAACAUCCUUCAGGCAUGUGCAAAAUCUGUCCCUCAUCUACCUUUCGAGAAACUGCUACUACUGGAAUCCUUGCUUGAGUUAUUAUCAUAUUGAAGACGGAAGUUUUUCUGCCCUGACUAACUUGAAACACCUUACUUUGUCCUACAAUAACUUAACUCAAGUCCCCAAAGGAUUGCCUUCGUCAUUAAUGACGCUUGAGCUUGCUUCAAACAGAAUAUCGUACAUUACAGAGCAUGAUUUCCAAGGACUUGAGAAUCUCAUAAGUCUAAAGAUCCAAGGGAACUGUCCGCGAUGUCAUAAUGCUCCAUAUCCAUGCAUUCCGUGUAAAAAUGUUUCCAUUGAAAUUCAUCCACGAGCCUUCGCCGGCCUCGGAAAGCUACGGCUUCUGCACCUCGCUGGGAAUUCAAUGGAAAAGAUCGAUCCUACUUGGUUCGCGAACAUCUCAAAUCUCGAGGAGCUCUACCUGUCAUUUAAUUUUUUGUUCGAAGCCAUUCAAAGUAACAUUUUCUUGAAUAAUCUGCCACUGCUGACGAAACUCGACCUCUCGUUUAACUACGCUCUGAAGACUUACCCCACCACUGUUACGAUAUCGCCCAGCUUUGCGAACUUAACCUCGCUGAAGACCCUGCACCUUCAAGGUUUGGUUUUCAAAGAAAUCCACAAAGAAACCUUCAGCUCCCUCUUUGGUUUGCAAAAUCUGUCAGUAUUGGAUGUGGGAAUUAACUUCAUUGUCCGAGCAAAGGCGGACAUUUUUGAAAAAUUUCAACAUGUGAAACUAAUCUAUCUUUCAGAAAACAGACUUUACCCAGUGACUGUAAAGGGAGAGUUGCGUGAAGAUACAGGCGUUGGUUUAAAAUCUUCAUCCAAGAUUACUUCAAUGUCCGAACCUUAUCCUAAAGAAUAUUCUUUCGACAUUCCAAAAGAGCUCGUAAAACCAGAGUGCUACGCUGUCGGCCGCGUGUUGGAUCUCAGCCGAAACAACCUGUUUUUAAUUACUCCUGAACAGUUUCAGCCAUACGGGAACAUAUCUUGUCUCAACCUUUCAGGAAAUGGAUUUGCCACAGCUCCGAAUGGAUCUGAAUUCAUAACGCUCCCAGACCUCAAAUAUCUGGACUUGUCCUUCAACAAAAUUGACCUGGCAUACGAUUACGCCUUCCGAGAGUUACAGAGUCUUGAGGUGCUAGAUCUUAGCUACAACCCCCACUACUUCACCGUGCAAGGUGUGACGCACAAUUUGAACUUUCUCAAACAUUUGCCCUCUUUGAAAGUGUUAAAUAUGAGCCACAAUAGCAUCUAUACGUUAACCACCAAAACCAUGUCAAGCAAGUCUCUUCAAGAGCUGCAAUUCCAGCACAAUAGCCUCGGCAAGAUGUGGAGGUUGGAAGACAGAACUUACGAUAGGCUAUUUAAAGACUUGACCAAUCUGACCUAUCUGGACAUAUCCUAUAACUACAUCGAUAAGAUCCCUUUUAGGAUUUACAAAAACCUUCCAAGAAGCAUUCAAAGGUUGCAAUUAAGCCACAAUCACAUGUCGAACGUUAGCUGGGAAAUGUUGAGACAGUUACCUGAUCUCCGAGAGCUCAUUUUAAGUUACAAUGCCAUUGAGAGACUAUCUAGCAACUUGUCAAAUGAUGUUCCCUUCUUGGAGUACCUUGAUCUGCGGCACAACCAGAUAUAUGAGCUUUCCAGUGGAUUUCUCCUGGGAGCAGUAAACCUAAAGAAGCUUGAUCUCAGUCACAACCGCCUCAUAACCAUCAACCGGUCCACAUUUCCAUCGGAAACCUCGAUUCACCUAAAGACGCUGUCGCUUAACGGCAACCCUUUCCAUUGCACAUGCGACCUGCUUGAAUUCAUUCUGUGGAUUUACAACACUACGGUGAAGAUCCCCAGAUUGGUGACUGCAGUGACAUGCGCUAUGCCUGAAGAGAGGAGAGGUGCAGCAGUGAUGCACUUUGACAUUACGGAAUGCAAUAAUGACCAGCUAGCCUUUCUGGCGUACUUCUUCUCCACUUUCUGUAUUAUAUGCAUUACUUUCGUGGCCGUCGGAAUGCACCUUUUCUACUGGGACGUUUCCUACUUAUUCUACUAUUUGAAAGCUAGAUUUACUGGCUAUCAGCAACUGAGCUCUGACAGCUGCAUCUACGACGCCUUCAUCACCUACGACACCAAGGACACACAGGUGUCUGACUGGGUGCUCAAUCACCUGCGAGUGCACCUGGAGGAUCAAGGCGAGGGAUUCCUGCCCAUUUGCCUGGAGGAACGAGACUGGAUUCCCGGCUCUCCCGUUCUGGACAGUCUGACACAGAGCAUCCAGAACAGCCGUAAAACCGUCUUCGUCCUGACCGAGCGCUACGUGAACAGCGGCUCCUUCAAGCUGGCCAUCUUCCUGGCCCACCAGAGGCUUCUGGAGGAGAACGAAGACGUGAUCGUGCUGCUUCUUCUGGAGCCCGUGUUGCAGCACUCCCAUUUCUUGCGGCUGCGCAGACGGCUCUGCGGGCGAAGCAUUCUGGAGUGGCCCCAAUCCCCCUCCGCCGAGGCCUGGUUCUGGCAGUCGCUGCGUAACGCCAUACGAGUGGACAACCAGGCCAUUUACAGCGACCUCUACAGCAGAUACUUCACCACCAAGUAGAAGGAACGACGCAGGAAACUGGUUUGAGCUACUGAAACUAAUUUAAACCCAGAGAAAUCAUUGCCGAGGUUUAAUUCUUAUGAGUGGACAACAAAUUGAAUCUCAAUGAAAUUCUUACUUUUAUUUUAUAGAAAUAGACCAGUGGCAAACAUCCAUAACAAAGUGCAAGUCAUAUGCUAAGAGCUAAAGAGUAAUGCUGAGAGGAGAAAAACAUGUUUCAAGAGGUUUUUGACAGAAAAUCUUGCAGGUUUUAAUGCAAUAUGUGGAAACAAAAUGCAACAAGCGGCACCUGUUUUCCUAUUUUUCUUUAGAAAGUGUUAGAAAAAAAAACAUGAACUUACAUCUUAGUCAUUGUUUUUUAGUGUAAAAUUGACGUAGCUAUUUUAUGUUUGUCGUAUUUAGACUUUCCGACAAGCACCAUCUGUUUCAUAUUUUAUUUCCAAAACUGAUGAAAAGAGGCUUGAAAUGUCGUCUUUGUAGCAAAAUGCAUGCUUUUGAAAACGAAAGUGUAAAGAAGCUGUACUAGUAGGUUAUGUAAAAUGAAUCCUUCACUUAGUCAGUUUUAAUUCAUCUGUUGUAUCUUAAAGCCCACAUGAGGUAGAAUAUCGUGCGCACAAUCUUGAAAGAUGUAAAUUCAAACUAUAUUAAAACUAAUCAUUUUAAAAUCCA